GUGGGCAUGCGUUGGCGAAUAGAAAAGGAGGUGAUUGAGGGAAAGGGGCAGUUCACGUGUGGAGAAAAGAGGUGCUCAGAGACAGAGAGUUUGCGCACCUGGGAGAUGAACUUCGGCUACAUAGAGCAGGGAGUGAAGAAGAACGCACUUGUAAAACUUCGACUGUGUCAUGAUUGUUCAUACAAGGUAAACUAUCAUCACAAGAGGAAAGAAGUAACAAGAAAGAGAACAAAGUCUAGUUCCGAUAAACACCGACACAAAAAGAAGCAAAGAAGAGAAAGAGAGGAAGAAGAAACACCAAAAGAAGACAAGCAGAGCGCUGAGCCAGCGAAAGAGACCACAGAAGAGGAGGAAGAGAAGAACUCUGAGGAGAGCAUUUGGAAGGGACCUGCAAAGGUGGAGGAGGAGAAAAGUCGAGAAGAGGAGUUUGAGGAGUAUUUGCAGGAUCUUUUCUUGUAGGGGUGCUUAUUUGCAUAUUUUAUUUGUUAUUUCAACAGAUCACAUUGAUACAUAGUCGACAUGCAUAGUUAUAUCAUGAGGUUAUCCCUUUCCCAUGUUCUUCAUAUGAAUUUCAUAGAAUAGUAGAGAUAGCAAUAUUAUGUGCUUGUAACAGACAAGCACAUACAUAAGCAAAUAAAACAUAAACAUAUGUGCAAUCCCCUCCCCCCCAGAGGCGGCACAUCCUUGCACACAUAUAUUAUGAUCAUUAUUCAUGAUUUCACUGUUUUCUUAAAUCCUUUGAGGUUAAAAAUUUACUGUAGUCAGUUACUUUGUCAGUCCUGCUCUUCUCACAAUAUUAGUAAAAUAUUUGUAUUUAUAGAGAAUGCUGCUCAGAGUGCUAGUAAACCUUAAAGGCCAAAAGAAUGGUAAAACCAUAUAAACCAUGUACCUGCAUACUCCAGCAUAGCAUCCAGAGAAUGAUGAACAUUUUCAUUCUUUAUAGGGUAGAGGUUCCUAUUCUUUUCCUUCCUCUUGUUAAACUUUUUUUUAGGAAGUGAUAACAUGUUUAUUUUAGGCACACAAGUAAAUCAACUUGUAGUGCUUUUUACAACCAGACCAUACAUUGUUUCAAAACCUCAGCUAUUUAUUAUUUUUAGAUUUCACACAUUUCAAAGUUUUAAUUUGGAUACCACAGGGUGAGAAUUAUUGGUCUACUUGCAGUCGUAUGAAGGUUUUGUUGGGUUCAUUUUAUUAUUAUAUUUGUGAUGUUUGCCUUUUAUAUUUAUGUUCUAGAAAUGUUUGAAGUCUUGAAAUGAAACUAGGACUUUGUACUGGAUUGAGUAAUAACUUAUAAACAUGAUUAUUUUUUUUAAUAUUAUUGUUCCUUUUGAAGUAUUGAGGCAAGACUUCAUGUGUAUGUAUAGCAGAAGUACAUACUUCGAAUGUUUGUACAAAGAAACUACCAGUAUUGUCUUCAAUAGAUUCAUAAUUAGAAUAUAGGGGUUGAAUUUAUGAAAUAUAGGUAAUGAAAAAAUAAA